CUCGUGUCAUUUGCUCUCUUGGUAAGCCGUUGAGCGAGCUGCUCUAGUAGGUGGCCAGGCGUCGACGAUGGUGCUCUUCAAGUCCCCUCAUCCGGAUGUGGAAGUGCCUGCCAACAUCACUACGUGGGAAUGGGUGUUCGAGAGUAAAAAGUACUCUCCGCUGCACAAGCAGCCCAAGGAGGAGUUGAGAGGUUAUGUCAACGCCGUCACGAAGGAACGGCUCGAUUGGAGCGCGGUCAAGACGAAAGCCACGCACCUGAGCACGGCGUUGAUCAAGGAGUACGGAUUCCAAGUCGGCGACACGGUGUCGUUGUUCAGUACGAACACGAUAUGGUACCCUGUGGCGAUGUGGGCUGUUGUUCGGGGCGGUGGACGGGUCAAUGGCGCUUCCCCAGCUUACAAUAUCGAGGAGAUGAGCUAUGCGUUGAGGAUUGCGAAGACAAAAUUCCUGAUGACGUUGCCGGGGAGUAGUCUUGAUGUCGCGCUCGCGGCAGCGCAGAACGUCGGGAUUCCCAGAGAGCGAGUCUUCUUGCUGGAGGGGAAGGCCGAUGGGUUCAAGAGCAUCCAGGACCUCAUGGAGCUUGGCCAGCGGUAUGAGGCUGGUGAGCCGUGGAGGAUACCCCGCGACAAGACCAAUGCGGAUGUUUGUGGGUAUUUGAACUUCAGUAGCGGCACGACGGGGCUGCCUAAGGCGGUGAUGUUGAGCCAUCAGAAUAUCAUAGCGCAGUGCCAUCAGUUGAGGCAGCUGCAGGCGCCGGGGCAAUAUAAGGUUCUUGCGGUUAUGCCGUUGUUUCACAUCACAGGUGUUGUCCGAUUCUGCCAUUAUCCAGUCUUCAUGAAUGGCGACAGCGUCAUGUUGCCCGCGUUCACAAUGGACGCAAUGCUCAAAGCGAUCUGUGAGUUUCAGAUCAAAGAGCUGAUACUCGUACCUCCGAUCAUUAUCAGACUGGUAAGAGAUAAGAUCGUGGACAACUAUGACCUACGGCACGUGGAGAGGUGGUCAUCUGGUUCUGCGCCGAUAUCACAGGAGAUCAUAACCUUGUUGCAGAAGAAGUUUCCCUGGACGGGCUUUAGGCAGGGGUAUGGAGCGACAGAGUCGACGGCAUGUAUCACGGCACAUCCGCCGACACAUUACGACUACAAGUAUGCGACGACGGGCGGGAAGCUGGUUGCAAACACGGUGGCGAAAGUGCUCGAUUUGACGACAGGGAAGGAGCUGGGCCCCAGUCAGACGGGUGAGAUCUGUGCAAAGGGGCCGCAGAUCGCGAUGGGGUAUCUGGAUAAUCCGGCGGCGACGGCCGAGACGUUUGACUCAGAGGGCUUCUUCCAUACGGGAGACGUAGGGCAUUUCGACGAGGAAGGGCUGGUCCAUAUCGAGGAUCGGAUAAAGGAGAUGAUCAAGGUCAAGGGCUUGCAGGUUCCGCCGGCGGAACUGGAGGAUUUGCUGCUUGGGCAUGAGCUUGUGGAGGACUGUGCGGUGUUGGGCAUUGCGGAUGAGUAUAGUGGUGAGAGACCGAAGGCCUACGUUGUGCUGAACAAGGGCGUAGAGCCGAGUGAGGAGGUAGGCCGGAGGUUAUUGAAGUUUGUCAAGGAGAAGAAGGUGCGGUACAAGUGGAUCGUGGAGAUCGAGUUUACCGACCAUGUGCCUAAAAGCCCGACUGGGAAGUUGCUGAGGCGGGUGUUGAAAGUGAAAGAUAAGGAGCCUGGGAGGACGGUUGGUGUGAGAGUCAGAGAUGAGACUGAGAGGGCGAAACUGUAGAAUCGUUUUUGGGGGAAACGAGACUCGAGGCACUUGGCCAGAAGCCAGAGAAGCCGGAGCAACUGUAUACUUGAUUAAGUACAUGGAAAGAUAGCUCAAGACAUAAGAGUUAGACAUAAACGAA